UGCGGGCUCGGGCCGGCGCCGGGAUGCUGCAGGCCCGCACGCUCCGCCUGCACCAGGGCAGCCGCAUCGAGGCGGUGUGCGUGCUGGGCACCCAGCUCUGCACCGACGUGUACGGAGCGGCCCCUGCCGAUGCCGUGUCGUUCAGCGUGAAGCACACGGACGGGGUUCGCGUGGAGGUUGUUACAAAUGACCAAACAGAGGAGAUCCCUGCAAAUGGAGCAAAGCGAUGGCCUCUGGACAAGGGGACGACCCUGAGACUCAGCAUGAGCAAAGCCAGCACAGAGGUCAACGAUAACAAGGUAAAUGUUAACUACUACAGCGAGAAUGGAGAACACCCUGUAGACCACGCCGGCAUCUUCCUGACGGGCAUUGGCAUCUCUCUGGAUGUCGAUGCAGACCGCGAUGGAGUGGUGGAAAAGAACAACCCACGGAAGGCAACCUGGACUUGGGGCCCAGAUGGACAAGGAGCCAUCCUGCUAGUGAACUGUGACAAGGACAAUCCUCUGAUCUCCAUGCUGGAUUGUGAAGAUGAAAAAGUAUUCAGCAAAGAAGAUUUGCUGGAUAUGGCUCGGAUGGUCUUGAGAACCGAAGGCCCCCAAAGACUGCCUCCAGGAUACGAAAUGGUUCUCUACAUUCCUAUAUCCGACUCUGACAAAGUCGGGGUCUUCUACGUGCAGAAUCCUUUCUUUGGCCGCCGUUACAUCCACGUCCUGGGCAGGAGAAAGCUGUAUCACAGCGUGAAGUACACUGGUGGAUCCGCGGAGCUGGAGUUCUUCGUCGAGGGACUCCGCUUCCCAGACGACAGCUUCAACGGGCUGGUCUCCAUCAGCGUCAGCCUUCUGGAGUCGUUGACUGAG